AUGUCGAUCCAAUGGGCACUUCCCAUGCUACCUCAGCUACUGCCCGAAGAGCUCAUGAAUCGCAUUCAGGAGGCCAGCGUAGAUCCAUAUUACAUUUUCCCGAAGACAGCAAACUCGAUGCCUGUGUACAACGGUCAAUCAGGUGAACUGAUCAAGUACAACAAAGCUCUGCGGAACGUCGACUUCCAAGGCGAGGGCGUCAUGGCAGACUUCGAAGACUGCAGUAACGCUACUGGAUCUUUGAUCGUCGGAGCCGAUGGAGCUCAAUCCGCAGUCCGGACAUGUCUGUAUGGUCCAGGCAAUGGUGAAGCUCAGCAAGUUCCUUACGGUGGCGUCAACACACACAUCUGCUACCACGAUGCCGAGAUCGCCCGGUAUCUGCGCAAGUCUUACGAGGCUACACAGGCGAUGGGCGCUCAUCCUCGUGGCUAUUGGCUCUGGAUCAGCACGCAGGAGAUUGAGGAUCCGGACAAGCCCGAAGAUUGGGUCUUCCAACUGCAGUGGACUUGGCGUCUGGCUGAUGACAGAGGAGGUCGUCUAGGUGUAGAUCUUGCAAAGCUGAAGGCUGAGGCGGAGGAGUGUUUCGGCGAGCCCUAUAAGACUGCCUGGUCGAAGAUACCGGAAAACACACCAAUAUACACAAAUCGUGUAUCAGUGUGGCAGCCGGAGGCUUUGCCAAAUGAGGCGAACGGGGGUCGUGUUGCUCUCGCUGGCGAUGCAGCACAUGCCAUGUCGUUUCACCGAGGGCAGGGCAUGAAUCAUGGUAUCAACGAUGCAGUGACUUUGGUCUCUGAACUGAGCAAGGUAGCGAAAGGUGAGAAGACGCAGCAGGAGGCCGUGCUAGCAUAUGACGCCGAGAUGAUGAAGCGGGCGGGAGAGGAAGUCAGUAUCAGUAAGGUCAAUACGGAGAUGAUCCAUGAUUGGGAGCGUUUAUCACAGAGUGCAUUCAUGCAGCGUGGUGGCGACAAGAAUAAGUGA